AGUUUCCUAUCGUCGCUGUUGCUCUCUUUCCUUUCUACCUCGUGUACGAUGUCGGGUCGUGGCAAAACCGGAGGCAAGGCCCGCGCCAAGGCCAAGUCGCGCUCCUCGCGCGCCGGCCUACAGUUCCCGGUAGGCCGCGUGCACCGGCUGCUGCGGAAAGGCCACUAUGCCGAGCGCGUGGGCGCCGGCGCCCCGGUGUACCUGGCGGCCGUGCUCGAGUACCUCACCGCUGAGAUUCUGGAGCUGGCGGGCAAUGCGGCGCGGGACAACAAGAAGACGCGCAUCAUCCCGCGCCACCUGCAGCUGGCCAUCCGCAACGACGAGGAGCUCAACAAGCUUCUGGGCGGCGUGACGAUCGCGCAGGGCGGCGUCCUGCCCAACAUCCAGGCCGUGCUGCUGCCCAAGAAGACGAGCGCCACCGUGGGGCCUAAGGCGCCGGCGGGCGGCAAGAAGGCCACCCAGGCCUCUCAGGAGUACUAAGGGAGCACGCUCCAUGCCCGCCCAGCCCUCCCCACACCUCCACAAAGGCCCUUUUAAGGGCCACCACCUCCCUCACGGAAAGAGCUGAGCCACUUAGGGCUGCGGGCCGAUUUGCCGCGUCCCCACUCCCUUUUCUCUGCUAUCGCGCGUUCCUGCCUCCCCUUCCCUGCACGGCCUCCGGGUCAGCCUCGGAGGACGCGGUUGCCGGAGCUUCUCCGGUCUCCGUCUCGAUGGGCCGUGCGGAGCGGUUGCGACACCUUCCAGAAGUCUCGGCCUUUUGCUGUGACGUACGGCCGAGGUGGGCCUGAAGGUGAGUUCCUCCGCAGCUGCAACCUGGGCGUCUUUUCUUCAGCUUGGUGCUUAGCCCUCGCCUGGACGGACCUUGCAGAAGUGACUUGAUUACCAGGCUUUGGUGAAGAGAAAUGGAUCAUAUUGUUUGGUCCUGUAUGUCCUCCUUGCUGGCCUCAUACCAGUUUACCCCAUCUUCAUUCAUAGGCCGGUGUGUGGUGUUGCCAGGACAAAAAUCACUGUAAUAUGAACCGGUUUUCUCCAGGAUACCUCCUGGAAAGGAUCUGGGAGAAGCUUUCAGGCCUGUGGACAGAAGAGCUGUGUUCCUGCCGCAGGAGGCUGGCAGCCAGGCCUAGCCAUCCCCUUUUUUCCACAGCGACUCAACUCACAACCCAAAUACCUAGAUACCAGCACAAGUCGGUGAAUCCCUGUGUGGACUGAGCCUCUGUUGGCUUCUGAACUGGAAUUUUGCAGCUAUCCCAAGUUUAGAACCUUAGGUAGUGGGGAAUUUCAAUGGGCUAAUUUUAUUAAAUGAUUGUUUGGUUUUUUAAAAA